AUGAUUGCUGGCAUUACAAACAGUUCACAGAAUGGGUUCUUCAAUUUCGGCCUCUACGCACCGACUCCCCAAGACGCCACGAUAUUUUAUAACAGUUUCCAAGGAGCUAAUCAAAUGGGAAUCCAAAUGGUAGGGUUCAGCUUGCUCACGAAUCGAAUCAGCAACGCUACACUCGCCAACGGAGCAGCGAGAAUAUCGACCGCGAGCAUCCGCGUCAUGAAACAUGCUAGAAACAAAGUGAACUCCUAUUCGAUGCCCAUCGCGAUCUUGCUCUCGCUGGCAUUCAUCGCUGCCGCAAGCGUCGCUGUGAUCUACCCUUCGUUCGAACGGAAUAAUCGAGUUCGUGCUCUGCACUAUUCGAAUGGAGUUUCUCCUUUCGCACUAUGGGCUGGAUAUCUACUCUUCGACAUGCAAUUCAUCCUAUUUCAGUCACUGUUUGUGUGGGGACUACUAUUCGCCCAACAGAGUCUUCAGCGACUAGGGUAUGCUCCGGAGUACCUCCUAGGCACGUUCAUUCUUUUCGGACUGGCAACAUACCUUGGCACAUAUGUUAUUUCGCUCUUCACCAAGAAGGCUGCCUUUGCAAUCGCGGCUGGAAUACAUGUUCUUUUGACCAUACUCUACUUCGUCGCCUAUGUCAUGAAUUCCUCCUUCGGUAAUGAAAGUCUUCUGUUCGACACAUACAACUCGCUCCAAUUUGGCCUAGGGCUGUCAUCGCCAGGCGCAAAUUUGGUGCGAGCUUUGUUUCUGUCAAGCAACAGCUUCGAGAUUCUUUGUGGCAAGUAUGCAGACAAUGAUGUCUCAUCUCCCUUCAGCUACGACAGAUACGGGUCGGUGUACGCCAACUUGAUCAUCCAGAUCUUGUUUCUCAUUGCCUUUCUGGUUAUCUACGAAUAUGGUAGUGCCGAUUGGGUUCGUCGCAACAUCACCCAUCGAGGAGUGCCUUCCCGUCUGCACUACAUUGUAGAGUCAGGAGAAACUGCACCGUCCAAUGUCCCAGCGCAAACUGAGAAGAAUGCAACAGCUGUCGUCAAUUCGCCUCAAAUCCUGACAGUUUCUCGCGUAAGCAAAUAUUUCGGCAAAACAUUCGCAGUCGAGAACGUCUCAUUCGACAUAUCUGCCAACCAAACACUUGCUCUACUAGGUGGUAACGGUGCAGGCAAAACCACCGUGAUCAACAUGAUCCGUGGAGAGUUGAAGCCAAAUUUCGGAGACAUCUAUUUGGAUGGCGUAUCGGUUGCUCGUCAGCCACAGAAAGCUAGACUCCACAUCGGUGUCUGUCCUCAAGACGACGCUAUUGACAACUUGACUGUCCGACAGACUCUCCGUUUCUACGCAACUGUCAAGGGACUGAAGAACAUCGAAGGCAACGUUGACAGAAUCCUUGCGGCACUCAAUAUCACCAUGUAUGAGGAUCUCAGAGUUGUAGCUCUUAGUGGCGGUACUCGCCGCAAACUGUCUGUUGCUAUUGCUCUUCUAGGCAACCCUCGUGUUCUCCUCCUCGACGAACCCUCCACCGGCCAAGACGCCGGCGCAAAACGAAUCCUCUGGAAAGCACUCCAAUCGAUCUCCGCGAAUCGCGCCAUCCUCCUCACAACCCACAGCAUGGAAGAAGCCGAAGCACUUGCUACAAACGUCGCUAUUAUGGGCACCAAGAUGCUCGCAACAGGCAUCCUGGCUUCACUCCAAGAAAGCCACGGCGGUGCGUAUAGCGUGCGAGCCGUUCGGGUGCCCGAAUUGAGUGCUGCUGAGGUGGAAAGGAUCGUGAAGGAGAGGUUUGAGGGUAUGGUGAAGAGGUAUACGGAUGCGCAUGGACAGAUAGGCUGGCAGCUGCCGCAUGAUAAGAGGGCUUUGGGGAGUAUUAUGAGGGUGAUGGAAGAGCUGAUGGGAGACGCUGUCGUGGAGGAUGAGGAGGAGGAGCAGCAGGGUGGAAGUUCAGGUGCUGGGGGUGCUACUGGUGCUGCUGCAGGAGGCAGUUCUGUGGCAAGAGUGACGAGCAGGAAGGUGAUCCAGGCGUAUACUAUUGCUGGUCCUACUCUGGAGGAGGUUUUCAUGAGUGUUGCAAGAGAAGCUGGACAGGCUGGUGGGGUGUAA